AUGUACGAGCAAAAGGUACCUGGCGAAGAUGGCACCGAGUUGGUUCAGCUCACACCGGCUCUGGCAGCGCAGUGUGGCUAUAGCAUGCAGACGGAUCCCCGGGGUUAUCCAAAACUCCUUGCGUCCUUACAGAGUUGCUUUACCCAUAACAUGAACGAUGAACAGUUUCUGGCCACGGUGCAGUUCACAGUACAUGGACUCCCUGCGUCGCCACAGACUGCCUUUACCGCAUCCAAAUCGUGCAGUCAUACUUGGGUUUCUCGUGAGGUCGUGUGUGCCGCGAACUUUAUGGAGGUGUCUGUCAGAAAUCUACUUCCAGACCAUAGUAUUCAAACUCAGGAUAAGAUGGAAGCCUUUGACACUCAGCUUACUCUCUGGAAGAUAAUUGUCUUCACUCCAGAGGAGAAGUCCUUCCAACCUAAGGAGCUCCAAGCAAUGGGCUAUGGCGUCCAAACCUCUUCCACACGGCUGGUGAUGAGGAGUCCAUACAACAUGGCAGAAACAUACUCACAAGAUGUAGCUGGGAUUCCCAUGGAAGUGUUUAAAACCGUGACCCUAUACAGAGACAGAUGGAUGAUGACUGCAGUGGAUGUGGCUGCUGCUUGUCCCACUGGUGGAGUAGAUUUCUCCGGGGAUAUGAUUAUUUGGCGCUUCCCUCGACAAGUAUCUCCGUUGGUCAGUUCUGAAGACUUUGAAAUCCUUGAGUUGUAUCUGGAGAUAGAUGGCGUGAGGCUUGACACAUCUGAACUGGCCACUACAAAAUACUCUGUGUCUAUCACAGACCUCCACAUCAUUGUUGAGAUUCUAGUAGGAGCUCCUGGUGGAUAUUACAAGAGUCAUGUCCUACAAGACCAGUAUCACAUCUGCUAUACUAUUGAACCCUGGCUUGAGCUUCUGUGGAUGGAGGGGACUGAUCAGACCAGAUACAAGGUUUUCUUCCCCAUGAAAACCCCUUUGAUGAUCACAGCGCCCUAUGUCGUUGACAACACAGUUGCAGAGCAGAGGGUGUUUGAUGUGAUGCUGGGAAACUUUCUUCCUGAUGUGGAGCUGCUGAACAUCCGUUUUGACACGGAAGUGUUGGCUGCAGCUGAGGCGAAUGCCAGGGGAUUCAACAUCCAUGAGAACAGAUUACAAAAUGGCUCCAAGAUCUUCAUACUCCAAGUGCCCUUCUCUGAUCCUGUUGUAAAAAAAAGUAGUACCAGUCCAGAGGUCACAGUCUACACACUGUCUGUUAUUUUUGGUUUACUCAUCCUCCCAGAGAAGCAGGCCUUCUCACACCCGGCAGUGGUACAGGCUGCUCUAAAGGAUGUUGUUCUACCCACAGUGUCUGGGACCUGUGACCAAAGGAACUAUUAUAUUGCUUUGAAGUAUGGAAGUAAAGGUCCUAACUUUGAGACCAUAGUCGGUAAAAGGAUAUUGACCCCUGAGCUGGCUGAACAAUACAGUUACCAUGAAAAUGGCACUCACUUCACCCUCAUCAUACCAGCCAUGUCUCCAGAUGUGGUCUUUGAGCAUUUUCCUCCAGAUUGUUUUCCCAAUGGAACGGUGACCGCCUGGGUCCCACGGCUUAGUUCUGCACCAAUUCUAAAUCCUGAGGCACUUACGCUGAGGGACGACUCUUGUAAACCUUCUUACACAGAUGAUCACUUUGUUUACUUUGUCUUCAGUGUCAGCAGCUGUGGAACCUCUCGAAAGUUCUAUGAUAACAUCAUGGUGUAUGAAAAUGAAGUGAACUGGGAGAGUGGAAUAAACAAGCAGACUCAAACUCCUGAGGAACACUGGUAUAGGUUGGCCAUCUCCUGUCACUAUGCCGUGAGCACCACACAGACCUUGGCAUUUCACACCGGGCCACACGUUACUGAGCCACAUGCCGACGCAGGCAAGGGGGAGCUGCUUGCCAGAAUGAGGCUUUCUCAAGAUGGAACCUUCAGCCAGUUUUACUCCGAUGAGGACUACCCGGUGUUGAGGUUUCGGAGUCAGCCUUUGUUCUUUGAGGUUGAACUGAUGCAGUCUGCUGACCCCAGGGUGGCCAUAGUCCUGAAGGACUGUUGGGCAACGGGCAAUGACGACAGAACUUCCAAACCCAGAUGGAAUCUCAUCGCUGACGGCUGUGAGAAUCUUAAAGACCCUGAUCAUGCAGUCAUCCAUCCUGUAGUGGCUGACGCCAGAGUCCAGUUACCCACUCACCACAAAAGAUUUGAGAUCAAGACAUUUUCCUUUGAUGUCAAGGAGGGCUCUUUGAAUGACCCGAUAUUUGCUCACUGUGACGUGGCCAUUUGUGAUUCUGAAAGCCCUGAUGCACUGUGCAGCAGUCAAUGUGUUGAUCAUCAGCAAAUGGGCAGCAGUGAUCACAAAAGAGUUCGUAGAAAGAUGGACUCCAGUGAGCUGGUCAGUGAGCAGCAUGUGUCUUCUGGACCAAUCAUUCUAAUGGGCAGCUGA